AAAGCCGCUCAGGGCAAGGAGAUGUAAGGCUCCCAGAAAGACCUCCUUACUUGUUCCGAACUCGAGUUAUGAAGAAGACAGCGCAUGGUUUAUUGACCAAUGAAACAACCGGAGAACUUUCUUCUAAAGGUUUUAAGGAAGAGUGAUUACACUAUAUAAAUAGCGCUAUUUCAGGUUUGAACAAUUUGAGAGGCCCGUUGUAGCCUUUCAACUCCUCCUUCCUCAUAUAAUCUAAGAGAAAAGAAGACUAAGAUAGUUGCAAAGCUCAGGGUAGGUCCUCACGGAGGAAAGACGAACACUGGCCUGACCCUGGGCUUUAGAAACCCAUGGACAACAGGAAGGAAGCUUAUUAACCCCUCUCUUCCCCCUCCCUCUUUUCCCCGGUGGAGAAUCAGCUCCUCCUCCUCCCGGUCGUGCGACCCUGGUGCAAAAUGCAAACAACCGCCCGCUUUCCCCACCCUGCGCGGUUCUCCCAGAGGAGGGAGAGGGAAGAGGCGAGGGCGCAGCCCCAAGCCGAGUCCAGCAAGUCUGUCAAUCGGGCGUGAACGUCCCGACGAGACAACUUGAACCUCAGGGCCCUCGCGCCAGCCGGACACCGCAGGUGGUGCAAACGCCCCUGCUCUCCGGCGCCCCCUGCCGGGAAGAGGGAAGGCGGCGGCGGCCGCGGAGGAGCAGGACGCGGGGCCCGGACGGAGCUCGGCGCUGGGAAGAAGCCGGGAGCUUCCCUGAUGGUGCCGCCGCCUCCGAGCCGGGGAGGAGCUGCCAGGGGCCAGCUGGGCAGGAGCCUGGGUCCGCUGCUGCUGCUCCUGGCGUUGGGACACACGUGGACCUACAGAGAGGAGCCGGAGGACGGCGACAGAGAAAUCUGCUCAGAGAGCAAAAUCGCGACGACUAAAUACCCGUGUCUGAAGUCUUCAGGCGAGCUCACCACAUGCUACAGGAAAAAGUGCUGCAAAGGAUAUAAAUUUGUUCUUGGACAAUGCAUCCCAGAAGAUUACGACGUUUGUGCCGAGGCUCCCUGUGAACAGCAGUGCACGGACAACUUUGGCCGAGUGCUGUGUACUUGUUAUCCGGGAUACCGAUAUGACCGGGAGAGACACCGGAAGCGGGAGAAGCCAUACUGUCUGGAUAUUGAUGAGUGUGCCAGCAGCAAUGGGACGCUGUGUGCCCACAUCUGCAUCAAUACCUUGGGCAGCUACCGCUGCGAGUGCCGGGAAGGCUACAUCCGGGAGGAUGAUGGGAAGACGUGUACCAGGGAAGACAAAUAUCCCAAUGACACUGGCCAUGAGAAGUCUGAGAACGCGGUGAAAGCCGGAACUUGCUGUGCCACGUGCAAGGAGUUCUACCAGGUGAAGCAGACCGUGCUGCAGCUGAAGCAAAAGAUUGCUCUGCUCCCCAACAAUGCAGCUGACCUGGGCAAGUAUAUCACUGGUGACAAGGUGCUGGCCUCAAACACCUACCUUCCAGGACCUCCUGGCCUGCCUGGGGGCCAGGGCCCUCCCGGCUCACCAGGACCAAAGGGAAGCCCAGGCUUCCCCGGUAUGCCAGGCCCUCCUGGGCAGCCCGGCCCACGGGGCUCAAUGGGACCCAUGGGACCAUCUCCUGAUCUGUCCCACAUUAAGCAAGGCCGGAGGGGCCCUGUGGGUCCACCAGGGGCACCAGGAAGAGAUGGUUCUAAGGGGGAGAGAGGAGCGCCUGGGCCCAGAGGGUCUCCAGGACCCCCUGGUUCUUUCGACUUCCUGCUACUUAUGCUGGCUGACAUCCGCAAUGACAUCACUGAGCUGCAGGAAAAGGUGUUCGGGCACCGGACUCACUCUUCAGCAGAGGAGUUCCCUUUACCUCAGGAAUUUCCCAGCUACCCAGAAGCCAUGGACCUGGGCUCUGGAGAUGACCAUCCAAGAAGAACUGAGACAAGAGACUUGAGAGCCCCCAGAGACUUCUACCCAUAGCGCAUCCCAACACCGUCACGCCAAAGGAAGAGAAAGAUCAACUCACCUGCAGUUAAACCAUCUAAAGAGAAAAAAGACCACUGGAGACCUAGAAAACAUACAUUUUUCUCUUCUCUUCUCCUGACAUCUCUGCACUCCUCUUCUUCCAAAUACGAUGCUAUUUUCAGAGUCCCCUCCUAGGCCUGCAGACAUGAGGGAGUGAAUGAUUGAUUUACCUGCUUCUCACUAAGAGUCCGUUGGGGUGGUUUGCGUUGUAACUUUUCUUUUACAUCCUAUUUUUCCGGGAACUUUGGAUUUAAGUACUCUCACAGUGUCUUAAAUCAUAAAUUCUUGAAGUUACAUUUGGCAGAGUAUCAAAAGGUAGAAAAUGACAAAGUGAGCUCUAAGAAAAUGUGAGGCUGCUUCUAAGAUGUGUGUUCACAAUAGACCAUAACUCCUCUAGUAUCAAAAUUAGGGCUCUUCAGUUAAAAAGGGGUGGGGAGGACAAACGUGUCGAUGUACUUUGGUGGAGAAUUUUUUCCUUCUGCUUCUAGUAGACUUUAAAUAUUGUAUCCCCUUGUCAAACCUUGUUUCCCAAAUUCAAUUAAAGAGAGGAGAGAAUUGAAUGGCGUUUAGAGAAGAUAGAAAAGAAUCACAGUCAUAUAUUUACUGUUAUAUAGAUUGCCACAUUCUAAAAUUCAAAUAUGGUGCUUAAGGUUUCAUGCCAUGCUUAUCUGUAAGUAUCCUAUUUAGGGAAGAAGAUUAAACUCUCUUUUCAAAAAAACAAAGUGAAAUGCCUGGAUUCACAUUAAAACAAUGGGCUCUGGUUUGCUAGAAUAUUUUAAAGCUGUUUAAUCAACAGUGGAGUCUGCUCUAUAAAUAAAGAUUAUUUGUUCAAUAAA